AUGAUAUUCGGAUAAGGAGAUAAACUUCACUCAUCAACAGUUUUGCAAAGUACUCCAGGCUAGUAUUGCUCUGCCAAUCAGGGCUAAUAGUAUCCUACCUAUGACUUAGAUCCUAUUGAAGUUACUAUUGGAGAUACUGUUGAGUACUAAUUAACUCUUAAUAAAAUCAAAUAAUGCUAAGGUCAAGUUACAUCCAUUACCUCCAUUUAUGAUGAAUUCGGUUUGGCAUCAAGAACAAAACCUAAUGCUUACAUAACGAUAAGUGCUAUUUCUUAAAACAGUGCCACAAUAACAGUCAAUGCAGCAGACCCUUUAAUUUAGCCUGGCUACAGAUAACUCAUUAUCACGGCUUGUUUUCCUGCAUCUCCAUCUCAAUUAUGUAAUACAGAAACAGCACUUCCAUUGAUAGUUUGGCCAAAGUAAAUUAUCAAAGCACCAAUGACUUAACCAUAAGCUUGCAAAUCAUAAAAAAAAUAUCCAAAAACAUUAUCAAGUUACAACUCUUAUGUUAUGUAUUCAGAAGCUGACCUUGAUAAAGAUAACGGUAAUCAUGUAAUAUGUGGGCGUAUAUAAAAUUCACCUUAUAAGCCUUAGCAAUUUAAUACAGCUGGAGGAACCUACUUAUGCUUGAUUGUUUUCUCUGAUAUAAAUGGACAAAUCUACUGGGGAUAUUCUAUAGUAUAUCUUGUAACAUCAUAAAAUUCUCAAAUAAGAUCUUGUAAAAUUAGUGCAAACAAAAACGUCUAUGGAUUAUUUGUACUAACUGAACUGACAUAUUUUGCAUUAGUUAAAUUUGACUAUGAAACUGGCAGAGUUUACUAUAAUUCAUAUGGAUCCAGUUUAUGA